AUGGAAGAAAUUCUAGCGAGAAAACGUGCCGAAAUAGCUGCUAAAAUCGCCGCGUUUCCUAAACUAUCCCAGGCGUCAACUCCUACAACAACUCUACCACAGAAUAUUUUACCGAUCCCCACUUCUCAAAACAUGAAUACCUCUAACUUGAGUGUAGGUGCGUCAAUUGACCCUGAUUUGCAACGGAAAAUUCAGGAAGCAAAAGAGCGGGUCAGAGUAACUUUGUCGAAAGCAAAUCCUUAUUUGCCUUCAACCAGUUCUUUAGCGAAAUCCUCAGACGAAGCUGCCAAAGCCAAAGGAGGACUUAAAGUUGAAGCACAUCCUGCUCUUCUCUUAGAUCAAAGUGGAAAGAUUGUUAUAAAUAAAGCUUCUGCCUUAAUUCCCAAGCCGAACUUUGCUACUGUAAAGGCAAAUCAACGAGCUACUCCUGCAACCGUAAAGCAACAAGAGUUGAGUAAAGUCGCGUCAAUACCCACUGAAGAGGCUGGCGCUAUCGUACAGAAUCCUUAUUAUGAUCCUCGGGCUGGAGCAGGAGCUAUCGUUCCUCAAAGACGUACUCGCAAAAAACUCAAAUUUAUACCAAAAGGAAAAUUUGAAGCGCUGGGAAAUCAAAUGCGUGCACAGGUUAAACUUGAGAAAUUGAAGGAGGAAAUAGCGCAAAAUGUAAAAAAAGCAGGCAUGGAGUCGGAACUUGAUUUAUCGGAUAAAGCUAUCAAGAGAGAAGCACCUCCAUCGCAUGAAUGGUGGGAUAGUCCACUACUUACCAACAAAACUUAUGAUGACAUUGAUGCCGGUCUUACGAAAAUUGACGAUGAGGACUCGCUAGUUACAAUGUAUGUUCAACAUCCGGUACCCAUAAAACCACCUGGUCAUAAUAAUCUUCCAGCUCCAAAACCGUUGAUCUUGACUAAAAAGGAGCAAAAGAAGCUACGAAAGCAAAAAAGAUUGGAAUUACAAAAAGAGAAGCAAGAUAAGAUUCGACUGGGAUUAUUACCACCUGAUCAACCAAAAAUUAAAUUAAGCAAUCUUAUGCGCGUUCUCACAAAUGACGCAAUCCAGGAUCCUACUAAAGUUGAAGCUCAGGUAAGAAAAGAGAUGCAAAAACGUCAAGAAACGCAUUUGAAAGCCAACGAAGAACGUAAGUUGACUGAUGAACAAAAAAGAGAGAAAAAGAAGCAAAAAAUGUUGGAAGAUGCCAGUAAAGCGACGAUUGUUUGCGUAUUUAAAGUAAAUGAUCUUUCACAUCCAAAAAUGAAAUAUAAAGUCGAUCAAAACGCGCAACAGCUUGGCCUAACAGGAACGGUCAUCAUCAACCCAAAUUUCAGCGUGAUAGUUGUAGAAGGCGGACCAAAAUCCAUUAAAAAUUACAAAAAGCUCAUGCUUAGGCGUAUAAAUUGGUCAGACACUACUCGCCUUGGUGACAACAGUAACAGCAACGUUGACCCAGCAAUGGACGUGGAUCCGAAAGAACCGCCAAAAGAAAAUAAAUGUGUGUUAUUGUGGGAAGGACACACAAAGGAACGUUCAUUUAAAGGAUUCUGGUUUAAAACGUGUCCUACGGAGAAACUUGCUCGAGAUUAUUUGCGAAAAUAUAGGUCGGAACAUUAUUGGGAUUUGGCGAGUAAAUAUGUAGACGAAGGAUUGGAAAUACCGUUUACUUUAUAA